AUGGCUAUCGAGACCCAGGAAGGAAUCUUCUCCAUGACACCCCCGCCCAGCGAAUUCGACGAAUUCGACAAAAGCGCCUUGCUGACUUGCUCACCUUCCCUGCCCGGGCUCUGUUAUCCUUCGCCGGCUCCGUCGAGUCGAGGGCAUAAUCCGUCCGUGUCAUCAGAAUCCAUAUACAUGCUCCCCAGCAUGUCUUUGUCAGAGCACCAAGGCCACGAUCUGCAGUCAAUAUCUUUCGACGACGCCUCGUCAGAUUCUGCCUCCUUUUUCCCAGUGCCGACUGUCACAGACCCAGCACUGACUACUCACUUCAACACCACCGUCACAUCUCCAGCGCAAACCACAGAAGACUCCUACACCAUGUAUGAACAAAACCAAUGGUUCCCAUACUCCAACUACCGCCAGCACACCCCACUGCUGCCCUACGACACAACCUCGGCGUCGUCGGCACACUACCCAGUAUUCAGCCACCACCCUUCUGCUCACAUCAUCCCACCAACGCCUCAGGACGUCCACGCUUCACACUUCGACUUUAACCAUGUUCCCACAUCCACAAUACCAUCACACCACCACCUCGCGGCCUCGCCGUCCUUCUCGCAAGUUUCACACCACAGCUCCCACAGUCAUCGGGAAAGCAUAUCAUCCAUGUCCCGGUCAUGCAGUCCCAGUUCGACGCUCAGCCGGGGCGACACGCUGAGGCCGGCGUUGCGCUCGAACUCCACCUCGUCCAACACCUCUCUACAUGCCUAUGGAAUCCCCGUGGCCGAACCACCAUCAUCAUUCCUGUCCACAUCGUUAAGUGCGUCGCCGUCAGCUCACGGCGGCCCGACUCAAUCCUGGCGCUGCGCCUAUCCCGGGUGCACCUCCCGGGCAACCUUCACACGUGGCUGUGACCUGCGGAAGCACUACAACCGGCACAGCAAGCAUCUCUUCUGCCGGGUAGACGGAUGCCCGCAGAGCGAAGCAGCGGCCGCGGCGCGCGCCAAGUCAGCAGAUCAGCCACUGGCCGGCGGCUUCUCCAGCAAGAAGGACCGCGCAAGGCACGAGGCAAAGCACAAUCCAGGCAUCAAAUGCGAAUGGCGAGGCCCUGAGGGCGAGGAGUGUGGCCGCGUCUUCUCUCGCAUGGACAACAUGAAAGAUCACGUUAGACGAAUCCACAGCAAGGGGCAGCAACAGAGCAGCAGCACUCUGCCAAGCCGAAAAUGA